CUCGGAGGACAGCAUAGGCAGUGAAAGGAAAGCAGGGUGAGCAGUGCUCAGUGUGUGGACUUACAGGACUGCAGGAAAAGGAGGAAUGACACAGAGACAAGGGGGUUGCAUCUUAAGAGUGGCUGGUGCAGCAGCUCUUCUGGUCCCUGGCUGGGAGGAAAAAGAGAGAGGAUCAUCUCAAGUGUCAUAAAAGCUUCGGUCACUCGCUGAUGGGCAUUGCCCACCAUCACACCUUCAAUAGCUGAAUGCAUAAGGACCUAACCAGAGGGAGAGAAGAGAAGGAAACAAGGUCUCUUCCCAUCACACAGAUCAUGAUUGUUAGAUAGCACCUCACAUCACGAUGACCAUGGCUCCCCGAAAAAGGAAUCGUCAUGCCUUGGGGUUCCUUUGCUGCUUUGGGGGCAGCGACUUGCCUGAGAUCAACCUCAAGGACAACAACCCUCUGCAAUUCUUGGAGUUCUCUGUGCCAAUCCCACCAGCAGAGGAGCUCAAUGCAAGGUUCUCUGAGCUUGUGGAUGAAUUGGAUCUCACCGAUAAGAACAGAGAGGCAAUGUUUGCACUCCCACCCGAAAAGAAAUGGCAGAUUUACUGCAGCAAGAAGAAGGAGCAAGAAGACCCUAAUAAGCUUGCUACAAGUUGGCCAGACUAUUACAUUGACCGCAUCAACUCCAUGGCUGCAAUGCAGACCUUGUAUGCAUUUGAUGAAGAAGAAACGGAAAUGAGGAAUAAAAUAGUUGAAGACUUGAAGACAGCUCUGAGGACUCAGCCCAUGAGGUUUGUGACGAGAUUUAUUGAGUUGGAUGGCCUGACCUGCUUGCUGAACUUCCUGAAGAGCAUGGACUAUGAGACAUCUGAGAGCCGCAUACACACAUCCGUUAUAGGGUGCAUCAAGGCUCUGAUGAACAACUCCCAGGGACGGGCACACGUCCUGGCCCAUCCAGAAAGCAUCAAUAUAAUCUCUCAGAGUUUACGGACUGAGAACAUAAAAACCAAGAUUGCUGUGCUGGAGAUCCUCGGGGCGGUUUGCUUAGUGCCUGGAGGUCACAAGAAGGUUCUGCAGGCCAUGCUUCACUACCAGGUUUAUGCAGCAGAGAGGACAAGAUUCCAGUCAUUACUCAAUGAGCUCGACCGGAGCCUGGGGCGAUAUCGAGAUGAAGUGAAUCUCAAAACUGCCAUCAUGUCCUUUAUUAAUGCUGUUUUGAAUGCAGGUACUGGUGAGGACAAUUUGGAAUUUCGAUUGCACCUACGAUAUGAGUUUUUAAUGCUGGGCAUUCAACCUGUUAUUGACAAGCUCAGAGGACAUGAAAAUGCAACGCUGGAUAGGCACUUAGAUUUCUUUGAGAUGGUAAGAAAUGAAGAUGACUUGGAACUUGCAAAGAGGUUUGAAGUGGCACAUAUUGACACAAAGAGCGCCUCACAGAUGUUUGAGAUGAUCAAGAAGAGGUUGAAGCACACAGAUGCUUAUCCAUAUUUACUUUCUGUACUCCAGCACUGCCUGCAAAUGCCUUAUAAACGAAAUGGGGGGACGUUUCAACAAUGGCAGCUGUUAGACAGGAUACUGCAGCAAAUUGUUCUUCAGGAUGAGCGAGGGGAUGAUCCUGAUAUAGCUCCUUUGGAGAACUUCAAUGUCAAGAACAUCAUUAAAAUGUUGGUAAAUGAGAAUGAAGUGAAACAGUGGAGAGAUCAGGCAGAGAAAUUCCGAAAAGAGCAUGCUGAGCUGAUGAGUAGGCUAGAGAAGAAAGAAAGGGAAUGUGAGAUAAAGACCCAGGAGAAAGAUGAAAUGAUGAAGACGCUGAACAAAAUGAAGGACAAACUGCAAAAGGAAUCUCUGGAGCUACGUCAAACCCGGGACCAAAUGACCGACCUUGUAACUCAACUCAAUGAGUUCUCGCAAGGGGGCAGCAUUUCCUUCCCUCCCCCUCCUCAGCUACCUCCUGGUGGCCCGUUUGCCUCUUCUCUACAAGCUCCGGAGGUUUUGCCGCCGCCUCCACCACCACUUCCGUUCUCCAGCUGCCCCCCUCCGCCCGCUCCACCUCCUCCCCCAGGAGGACCUCCUCCACCUCCCGGAGCACCGCCUUUCUUCAACAUGGGCAUGCCUCCCCUUUCCUCCGCCACCACCUUCAGCGGCACUGGGCCCAGUCUGAAGAAGAAAUCAACCCCACAGCCAUCUCAUCCACUGAAGUCCUUCAACUGGGCCAAGCUGAGUGAGGAGAAGAUACAUGGCACAAUCUGGCAUGAAAUUGAUGAUUUAAGGGCUUUCAAGAUGCUGGAUUUGGAGGAUUUUGAAAAAAUGUUCUCAGCUUAUCAGAGACACCAGGACCUGCUAACUAACCCUCCUUCUUCCUGUAAGCAGAAGGAAAUGGGAUCAACCGAAGAUUUGUACCUGUCCACCCGAAAGGUCAAAGAGCUUUCUGUGAUCGAUGGCCGGAGAGCACAGAACUGUGUCAUCCUCCUUUCCAAGUUGAAGCUAUCCAAUGAGGAAAUCCGACAAGCAAUCUUGAAAAUGGAUGAAGAAGAAGAUCUUGCUAAAGAUAUGCUGGAACAGUUACUGAAGUUUGUCCCAGAGAAGAGUGAUAUUGAUCUGCUGGAGGAACACAAGCAUGAAAUUGACCGCAUGGCUCGGGCAGACCGUUUUCUUUAUGAAAUGAGCAGGAUCGACCACUACCAGCAGCGGCUUCAAGCAUUAUUCUUUAAGAAGAAGUUCCCAGAGAGGCUUGCAGAAGCGAAACCCAAAGUAGAAGCUCUUCUCCUGGCUUCCAAGGAGCUCACACGUAGUAAGCGGCUGAAGCAGCUCCUGGAAGUCGUUUUAGCCUUUGGCAACUACAUGAACAAGGGGCAAAGAGGAAACGCCUAUGGCUUUAAGGUCUCCAGCCUCAAUAAAAUAGCAGACACCAAAUCUAGCAUAGAUAAGAACAUUACGCUGUUACACUACCUGAUUAUGAUCUUUGAAAAGAACUACCUAGAUAUUCUAGACAUGCAGUCUGAACUACAGCAUCUUCCAGAAGCAGCAAAAGUCAACCUGGUGGAGCUGGAGAAGGAAGUGAACAACAUAAAGACUGGAUUGAAAGCUGUUGAAGCUGAGCUGGACUACCAGAAGAGACGUAUGCGGGAAGCUAGCGAUAGAUUUGUCCCUGUCAUGGGCGACUUUAUCACUGUAGCCAGUUUUAGCUUUUCAGAGCUGGAAGACCUUCUGAACGAUGCAAAGGAUAAGUACGCCAAGGCGCUGAAGCACUUUGGAGAGCAUGAGGGGAGGAUGCAGCCAGAUGAGUUUUUUGGCAUCUUUGACACCUUCCUGCAGUCCUUCACAGAAGCCAAACAAGAUCUGGAGAAUAUGAGGAAGAAGAAAGAGGAGGAGGAGCGGAGGGCACGCAUGGAAGCCAUGCUAAAGGAACAGAGAGAGAAGGAGCGGCGGCAGAAGAAAGCCAAGGCUGGCAGCGUCUCUGAGGAGGGAGGGGGAGAGUUUGAUGAUCUCGUGUCUGCUUUGAGGUCCGGCGAGGUCUUUGACAAGGACUUAUCAAAGCUCAAGCGCAACCGCAAGCGUUCAGGGAACCAAAGCUUGGAGACGAGCCGGGAACGGGCAGUGACAAAGCUCAAUUAUUAGAGGAGGAGGAAGCACAAAGGAAAGGAAAGGACAAAACAAAGACUUAUUGCCACAACAAAGAGUCAAACAAGAUGGCGGAGGCUGGCCAAUAUUCUUCCCCGGGAGACUUGUCUAUCUGGUGGCUUUGUUUACUGUUUCCAGGAUGUACGGGCCUUCCCAUCUUGCUCUCUUCCAUAGCCAUAUAAUCUGGAAUGGUUAUAAAAGUGCCUCUCUACAGCCCAAGGGAUUUGUCACCAAAACGUUGCUGUUUGGUAGACGAGUUUGCUUCUUGACAUUUCCCCUCACAAGUUCAGCCUGGUCCCAGUGGCGGAACACAAACCGUUGGGCCUUCUGUGCCGAUUAGUUAUGGGGAGAGAGACUAUGGUUUACUCUGUGCCAAAGUGUACACUUAAAAAAAAAAAAAGUUUUCCAUCUAUCUGAGAAAAUUAACAAGACAUUUUCAGUUGGGUUUGCUGAACCCUCCUGCCCAUCCUUCACGCAUCUGUUGUGGAGUGGUUCUACAGCGCUGCAGCUCCGCUCUUCCCCUGGAUUUACAAAAGGCCAUUGGUCGAAGCCUGAAUGAUGUUUUUCGAUCUGGAGAAAUGUUACUUAGUGGCCUAUAUCAUAUAAAGCAAAGCAAGUGAUGCUGCGUCAGCGGAAGUAGAUGGGACCGCUCAGCCGAAGAAGACAGACAGACUGUUUGCGACACUCCUUGUUUUUUUUUUCCAGGAAUCAUGGAUAUUGAGUCUUCAGGGAUGUGCCCAGCCAUGAGAAAGAAUGAGGGAAGGAUGAACCACACUCAGAAGAGCGACCGCAAUGGGUUUCGAGCCAGUUCAGUUGCCAUUGCUGAGCAAUGUGGUAGGGAAAGGGUGGCAAAUAAGAAUGUUCGCAGGUGUAAAUCUACAUCAUUUUGUUAGCACAAUAAAAAUGGUUAUUGGGACUGGCAGAGGUAGGAUAUUUUUCUUUUCUUUUUUAAACCCAGACAAAUGGAGUUUGUCUGGUGGUUGGAAAUGGGAAUCCUUUUUUGUGUCGGCAGCCAUAACUCUACUGGGAUGAACUGGAGCUUACACUUUAACAGGCUGGCCUUCUUGGAAGCCCCAGGUCUCCCGGAAAGGGCUGCACGAUUUUAAUAGUAGUAGUAAUAAUAAUAACACGCUGCAUUGGUAGAUAGCUGGGGUGUUCGAGGACUUUUCCAUCUGGAAGGGAGUGAUGGUAGACUCAAAGGUGGCUUACCCCAGUGGACUUUGAUAAGAGCUCCAGAGAGCACAUGUAAUUAAUCCAAAAAUAAUUAGUUGUUCCACAGUGGAAACUAUCUAACACACAGCCGGAACAGCGAGAGGGAGCAUACUAAUAUCUUCCUGUUUCAUUGUACCUAUAUGGCUAUAUGGCAAUAGAAGCAUAUAGUGUUAGAGUCCUUAUUUAUCAUAAAGAGGUGAACAGACUGUCGCCUUCCUUCAAGUGAGCAUAGGAAAAAGAGGCAAGAAAGAUCUGGGUGUUAAGCGUAGCGACAGAUGGUCAUGCCCAUUUCUGGAAAUGAACGUGUCAUCUGUGAGUGAGAAGUCCUUGGGACUCUGAGGAAUCCUGAAGAGGCUCAAAUUGUCACUUUACAGAGCAAUCCUAUGACCUCUUUGUGGGUGGGAGAAGCUGUGGCAGAACCACCACAUCUGGCACUCUGCAGGCUCCCUGCAGCCGGGGUGGAAAGUGUGGGGCAGCUUUUCUCCCUGCCUUUUGACCUUCCCCAAUUCCAAACUGCAACCUCUCCCAUAAUGCCCUGCUCUUGUCGCCACUACCAGUGGGGAGCCAUUAUGCAAUUUCUGUGGCCACACAGUAGACCUCUGUCUCUGCCAACCCGUGGGCUCAGCCACCCUCCCAAGCAGCAUAGGAUUGCUCCCCCCCCUUAUCAUCUGCUUUUUGUUUGUAUCAAAGUGUUAUUUAAUUUCAAGCUUAACCUUGAGUUUUUAGAGCAGACAGCGUCUGCAUCUUGAGCACUGCCUGAUCAGUAUUCUAUGCAAACCACGUUAGAAAAUUGUAGAGGGAGGUUGUUGGUCAGAACAUCAGGAACACUAAAUCAGGUAUCUAGGAACAUGCAGAAAAGAGAGCGAGAGAGAAGACAGAAGCUGCCUUAUUUGAAUGUAGUGGAGUCUGAGCCUCCCAUUUCUGAAUUUCUCUGUUCAUGACAUUCCAGAAUCCAGCACUUAUGCUUUGACACAGACAGUGAAGAGCCAGUUACCUUACAAGGGCUGGCUGCAAUGUGCUCUCUCCUUUACUCCUCCUCCCUGUUUUGAAGGGCCUCUUUUUUUGGAACAAACCCACUGCAUAUAGACCCAAGCACUUUUUUUAAAAAAAAGUUCUUUCUAAAAACUUUUCUUGUGGGGUGGGGGAAUUUUACAAACUCAUACUUUGGGGGGGGGUAUUCUCCCCACCUCCAAAGAUGAUGAACUAGACACUUUUAAAAGAAAAUGGAAUUGCUAUCUCAAGCUUCUUGCUGAGCUCUGUAGUGGAGAUGUAGUACUGUGAUAAUAUGUAUUGUGGACAUAAGGUGAGACUGAAGCAAUAUGCCAUAAAGGUAAAGCUACCCCUGACCGUUAGGUCCAGUCGCGGACGACUCUGGGGUUGUGCGCUCAUCUCACUCUAUAGGCCGAGGGAGCCGCCGUUUAUCUGCAGACAGUUUCCGGGUCAUGUGGCCAGCAUGACUAAGCCACUUCUGGCAAACCAGAGCAGCACACGGAAAUGCCGUUUAUGUGCCAUAGGGGGAGACAAAUGAGUUUAGUAUGCAGAAAAGCCCGAGAUAACAUUUCCCCUCCAGAAUAUAAACAUUUGUUGUCUUUCAGCACCGUCUUUCCCCUCUUGCUUAGUUUCUAAAGACUUAAGGCCUGCAGAGAGAUUAAUUACAAAGGAUAGAUCCCAAUUCACCAGCUUAGAUUCAUCUGUGACCCUCUUCCUGAAUGUGAAAAAAGAGAACAAUCUGAUCUAUGUUUCUGUUAAUGUGGUUUAGUCUUAUGCUGAUGCCAUUACCAUAACCCCCAUUCUUUCUGGUUAUGAAUCGGAGGAGGGCCAGGCUGGAGCCUGCUGGUGGCUCUCUCUGUCAGUGUCCCAUUUCAGAGGGGCACCCCCUCCAUUUUGGGUGGCAAGGAAGCUUACUUGGUGACAAGCAGCAGCAGGUGGCAUGCAGCAAUCACUUAAAAAUGAAUAAAAUAAAAGCAAAUGCAUUAGACCUGAAUCAGCUUAAAUCCAAAGCAUUUUUCCCUCUGAAAAAUAAGUUGCAAGUUCUUUAGUCGGGCUGCAGGACCAGUGCUAAGGGAUGAUGGGAGUUGUAGUCCAACAGCACCUGGAGACUAUAACUCCCUUUAGACUAUAAUUCCCAGCAGCUACAGCCAGUGCUGGCUGGGUCUCCUGCGCGUUAUAAUAUAAAACAAUGGGGAGGCACCAGUUUGGGAAAGUAUGAUCAAGAGAAUGUUUGAAAACACAAAAUCCUGGAGUAUUUUAAUGACUGCAGCCGGACUUUGUAUCUUCUCAAAUCUAGCUCUUCAACUUUUCCUAAUACUUACGCAUCAUCACUAUUGUUUGUGGUUGACAACAAAUAGAAAAUCUACAACAACAUACCUUCUACUGUGGACUUUGGUUGCAAAGUGUGUCAAUGAUGUUAGGACUGGGCUAUGUGUUCCUAACCCAGGUGGGCAUGCUAAUCCAAAUGCAUCACCAGUUAACAGCAAUGGCAAUACAGUAACAGUUCAGGUUUAGAAGUCCUCCUCUGUUGGUUAGAUCCAAAGGUUCAUCUCCUUCCAGCCAGUGGAGCAUUUCCCAGGGAAAAGCAUUCCAAGUUUUGCAAGGGGUAAUAAAAACCAAAGUUUGAGUCUGCUCAUCCCAGAAUCUGGGUGGGGGGAAAUGGCAAGGGCUUAAUGAGAUAUUUCUCAUUUGGAAGAUAAUGUUUGCAGGUCUUUUAGAAGUAUUAUGUUUAUGUUUAACGAACUAAAGGAGAGCAAAGCACUUGUCCUACAGAAGAGCUGUGGUUCUCCAUGCCCACCACAACUUCGUUGGGCAGACCUUUUUCUUUCUGCCACCCCCCCCAAGUUAUAGCCCAAUAGCCAUUGAAAUAGGUUUAUAUCUUAUAAGUUUCCAUGAAGGGAAAGGAGAUCAGUUGUACAGUUCUGUUAUGUACAUGAUGUAUGCAGUUCUGUUUUUUUAAAUGUUCUAAUAAUUAAAAAAAAUACAAUUUUAGGAAUGUUUUUAGGGGAACCCUGUAAAUGCCACACCUCUAUUUAUUUCGCCUUAUUUUAGUUUGCUAUUUUUGUGUAUACACCGCAUUGCAGCCAUGACUAUUGAGACUGCACCAGUAUAUUCGGAGCAAGCAGAGUUCCAUAGUUGGCACUACUCAGGCAGGAUAGGUGAGUGGGCCGGGCUUCCAUUGAAGGAAAGAUUUAAUGCUCAGGAAGCCCUCCCUGCACCACACACCACACACACACAUUAAUGUGUUGCAGAAGGAUGAGGAACAUGUGAUCUUCCAGCCUUAGCCAGCAUGGCCAGUGGUCAGGGACAAAGGGACUUGUGGUCCAAUAACAGCUGGAGGACCACAGGUUCCCCAUCCCAACAACAAACAACCUUUUUGGGCAACCAUAACACAAAUCAAGUCCAAAAUAUAUGCCAUUGCUGGCCCAGCACACACAGACAGUUUCUCAGUGCCCUUGUGUGUUUUUCAUCACAAAGCUGAGCUGUAGAAUGGGCAGCAGUGUUAAACAAGAGAAGCAGGUGCCUCCAGGUGUAUCUGCAAAGUCUUUGCAUCUGGUCCCCCCUCCCCAGUAGAAUGAAGAUGUGCACCUUCUGUUUUCCUUAUCUUCUAUGCAACAAUGUCACUGGCUCAAGGGCUAGUUCCAUGAACACAGCCAGCUACAUCAAGGGCAAGGGAGCUGUGACCAUCCAGAUGUUGUUAGACUACAAUUACCAUUAUCCUUGACCCCUGGGCCAUGCUGGCUGGGGCUUAUGGAAGUCCAACAUCAUCUGGAGGGCUACAUGUUCCCCACUACUGAAAUAUGUUAUUCUGGCUUGACUAAUCAAAACCAGUAAUAUAGAUUAGGUUGCCAGCACUAUUCUAGCUCAGAAUUUUCAUUUAUAAAGGGAGGAAUUCUACCAUUUUAAGAGGUAACUAAUCUGCCUUACACCAUCUUGUAUAUGAACCUGGCAAGUGUCCCUGCCCAAGAACUGCUAAGAAAACCUGUGCGUGUGCGUGUGCUUGCAUGUUUUCAUCUUGCUCCUCUAAUGCUUUGGUGUCUCCUCAUUUGUUGGUCAAUUUAAGAUUAUAAAUGAAAUUAAAUGUACAAAACCUGUAGCAUCCUUUUUAUCUGCACCUUUUUAUAAGAAUAUAAUGUAAUACUAAAAAAAAAAUAUUAAAGAUAUAUUGCCCCUA